AUGGCAGCCUGCAGGAGAGAUGCAUCACUUGAGGCCAUGAAUGAGAUGGCAGAGAAGAAAGCAGAGGAGGCAGAAGCAAAAAGGCAAGAAAUUGCAAGGAGGAAAGCAGAGUCUUCACAAAGAAGAAGAAGAGCAGCACAAGAGAAGAAAGCUCUAGAAUCUGCAGCAAGGCAGGAAGCUACAGCAGCAAGAAAAGCUGCAUUGCAAGAAGAGAAGGAGGCCAGAGCCCUUGAAGCAAUGGCAGCUAAAGCAGAGGCAGCACUGAAGAGAAAAGAAGUUCAAGAAGCAAAGAGAGCUAUGGCAGCACCGAGGAGAAAAGAAGAUCAAGAAGCAAGGAAGAAACAACAAGAAGAGGCCAAGAGAUUAAGAGCUGAGCAGAGGAAGCAGGCAGGACCAAGUGGACAUGUGCCCAAGAAGCUGAAGAGAGUGAACAUGUUUGAUGAGUUUAGAUGA